UUGCACACUGACAGGCAGCCGUUACGGAAGGCUGCGCUCUGACAGGCGGCCGUUAACGGAAGCUUGCGCGCUGAGGAGGUUAUGCCGUGAAGCCGUUACCGUGUUGCUGAGGCGGUUAUGCUAAGGCAGUUGCUCUGCCUUGGAGGAAACACUGCAGGAUCUGCAUAAAGAUGCCACCACUACUACCCAAAAGAUCCAAACUGGAGACUGAGAAAGCUCAGUCUAACAAGAUCACACCCAGAAAAGUGCAGCAAUCUGAAAAGAUUGGAAAGAGUAACCACACAGCAUGUUCAUCUUCAUCUCGAGACACAGUAAAGAAAAGAUUAGUAUUUGAAGAUGUCACUAAUGCAUCUCAUGGUCAAUGUGUCCAGUCAAAGGAAGGCAAUAGAGAGCUUAGAAGCCAUGUUUCCAAAAGGACAAAGAAGGGAGUUGGUGAAAUUACUCAGAAAAAAAUAAAAAGUUCUAAUAUGGGAUGUGUUACCUCACUGUCAAACAUGGAAAAACCCGAAACACUAACUAUUAAGGAACCACCUGUCUUUCAAAAGACAUUAGUUUUAAAUGAGGAACCUGCUACUAAAGAGACAUGCCUUAUGAAGAAGACAUUAAAAAGUUGUGCAUUUCAUCAGGAGACACUUCUAAUGGAGAAGCCACUAACCUUGCUAGAGAAGACUGAAGAUUACAAUGAGUUUGAUACAGAGCAGAUGACUUCUAAAAGGAAGGAUAAACCUGAAGAGGCAACCAUCGUUGAGGAGAUGACUGAUUUAAAGAAGCCUAUUAUUGGGAAGGUGACUCUCACCUCAAGCCCAUUAUGUUUAAAGAAUAAACAUGUUGUUCAAGAAGAGAAGCAUGUUAUUCAGGGGAAGAGUUCAUUCAAGAAGAAAUCACUAGCAUUAAAGGUGGUGACUACUAAAGAGAAGCCACCAGUCAAAAAGCCACAUUUCUGGAAAAAGAAACCUACCACUACGAUGAAGCCUUUGUUACAGGAGCCAUCUUCACUGCAAGAGAAAUAUAAUACUCAAGGGGAUGCAAGCGUCUUGAAGAAGUCAGGGGAGUUACAAGAGAAUACAAAUAACAAAGAUGAUACCUUAACAGAACCAGUUACUUUUAAAAGGAAACAUAGUACCAAUGAAGCAACCCACACAAAGAAGCCGUCCUCUUCUAAAAAUAAUCAUUACACUCAGGGAAAAGGCACUAAUUUGAGGCCACUAGGAGUUCAGUCAGUCACCCAUGAAAAUGAGCCAUUGUCCUCUAAGAUGUCAACUACUAAGAAGAAAGAUUCCCAUUUCCAUGGGCCAUCUGUAAUGCUAGACAAGCACAUCCCUCAAAUGGAGGUGUCCACUGUGAAAAAAUCCCUGGCUCUGCAAAAUCCUACCAAAGAGGAGAAGAUGUUACAUUUUCCAGUAACUAUAGUUUUAAAGAAGCAGCAUAACAUGGAGGAGGCCCCUUGCCUGGAGAAGCCCUCACCUUUAAGGAAGCAGCAGCAGCUCCUUAAAAGGGGACUUUUCUUCACUAACUCUGCAGUGCAAGAAACAGUCACUAGCGAGCCAUUGUCCUUUAAGAAGUCUGCCACUGAGAAAGAUCCCCCUUUCCAGGGGCCAUCUGCACUGCGAAAGAAGCAUAACAGUCCUGAGAAAUUGUCCAAACAGAAGAAGUGCCAUGUCCUACCAAAGCAUCGCAUGGAAGAGGACUCACAUUUUCAGUUAGAUUCAGCUUCUGAGAAAUGGCACAUCAGGGAGGAGCCAGCCUUCACCCAUAAGCCUUUAAAGUUAGAGAUGCAGCAGAGUAUUACUGAAGACACAGGGUUCCAUUUGAAAAAUCUACUAGUAUUACCAACAGUCACUUCAGGAGCAAAGUCACCAACUAAGGAGCCAUCAUCCUUUAGGGAAGAAAAUACAUCUUUACUGAAAAGAAAGCAUACUACUCACACAAUAAGCUUACAACAAGCACAGUCAGAGUGGCAAGAAACAACAGAUGAAGAUAGAAAUUUGUUUUCUAUAAAGCCUGUAUCACAAAGAAAGGAACCUACACCUGAGUUCCUUCAGAAUCCAUUGCCACUGAAUGAAAAUUGCUUAAUUUCACAAAAGCUAUCCCACUCAAUGCCAUUGGCCUCACAGAAGACCACCAGUCAAGAAAGAGCACUUGAUAAAGAAUCAAUGGAUUCAGAUGAUGAAGAGAACUUCUUCUCUCAGGACCUAUUUUCUCCUUUCAGUUCUGCUGAUGAAGAUACAUUGAAAUUCCAUAAGUCUUUGGACUUGCAAGAGAAGGUUGAUAUAAAAAAUGAUUCCACCCCCAAAAUUUUUGACUCCCAGGGCAGUGUUUCUGAAGAAGAGUCUUUUUUAAGAAAGCUAUUUUGUAAGGACAGAUACUCUUCCACUGAAGAAUUAAGCCAAGAGAGGCCUGUUGCUCUGGAACAGGAAUUCCUCUUAAAGAAAGUAUUGAAUGAGGAUACCAGUAGUGAUAUUGAUGAGCCUCUUAGUCAUCAGUCACCUAACAUUCAGAACUAUUCUGGCACUACAAAGGAGGCCUUGGAGGCCGUGGAGGCCUUGGAGACCUCAGAAGCCUUAGAAACCUUGGAGGAACCUUUAAAUAUUCUGGAAGAACUCAGCACUGAGAAUAUGAUUGCCCUCAUGAAGUCGUUGAUCACAGAAGACGAGUCUAUUAAGGAGGCUUUCAUCAGGAAUUGCACUACUGCUAUGGAAGCUCACGCUGAGAAAUCCUCGUCCUUGGAAGAGACCAGCAUCAACGAGGUGGCAACUCUGAGGGAGCCCUUAUCUUCACAGGAGAAGAACAGAGCUGAACUAGUGACUGUUCUGAAGGAGCUACUUGUUUUAGUGAAGAGUCCCAGGGUGGAGAGGGUGGCCUUAGCCUUUCAGGAGAAUCCACCCAGUAAUGUAGAGACUCUCUUGAGGGAAGUAUUGGCAUUAAUGGAGAAAUCUACAGCUGACGAAUCUACUCCGAAGGAGCUCUUGGCCUUGCAGGAGGAACCUAGCACUAAAACAGAGGUUAUCCCAGAGGAACUAUUGGCCUUGGAAGAGAAUCCCAGCAUUGUAAAUGCAAGCCCCAAGGACUCUUUAUCCUUUGAUCAUAAGCCUGACAUUGAGAUGGGUGAAAUAACCAGAACAUCUUUAACUGUUGAAGAGCCCAACAUAGAUGCCCUGUAUGAGAUGGUAUUAGCACUGAGUCAGGGACUCAUUGCUGCAGACCAAUUGUCCUUUACAGAUCUACAGAAUUUUGAAGAGAAUAAAAUUGUUGAUGAAGAGGAAUUUUUCAAAUCAUUCCUUAACUUUGAAAAUGAGAAUGGUCCUAAUAUGUCCAGCAAUGCUUUUGAAUCCAGAGCAGACAAUUCCAGUGCUGUCAUGCCAAGUUUACAGACAUCCAAUCCUGACAUGAACUCCAAUACAUAUGUAUCUAGUUCUAAAAGCUUUCAGUCAACUCUGGGUGGAAAAAAGACUGAGAUAAUCAUACUGGACGACAGUGACACACUGGAAAGAAUUGAAAAGGAAGACAAUGAUCCAUUAUUGAAUUCUAUAUAUACCAAAGACAUCUUCAUUUACUUGAAAGAAAGAGAGGAAAAGUUCAUAGUUGAGAAAUACAUGGAUGGGCAAAUGGAACUCACCAGUGCUAUGAGAGCCAUUCUUGUGGACUGGUUGGUGGAGGUACAGUCAUCCUUUGGGAUGAACCAUGAGACCCUGUAUUUGGCAGUGAAGCUAAUGGAUCGCUACCUAAUGAAGGCACAAUGCAAGAAGGAUCAUCUACAACUCCUUGGUUCCACUGUCUACAUGAUUGCAGCCAAAUUAGAGGAAACCUAUCCCCCUUCUCUGCCAGAGUUCCUGUACAUUUGUGAAGAUCUUUAUCAGAAGAGUGACAUGGUGUCCUUGGAAAGCCAUAUCCUGAAAACUCUCAACUUUGACAUCAAUAUUCCUACUGCAUAUAAUUUUCUGCGUAGAUAUGCUUCGUGUAUCCACGCUAGCAUGAAGACACUAACCUUAUCCCGCUUCAUCUGUGAGAUGACCCUGCAGGAAUAUGACUAUAUUGAAGAGAGGCCUUCAAAGCUAGCUGCAGCAUCCUUCAUCUUGGCCCUCUAUAUGAAGAAUCUCAACAAUUGUGUUCCUUCACUGGCAUAUUCCACUGGCUACCAGAUGGCAGAACUCCAUAUCUUGGUCAGGAAGCUAAACCAUUUGCUGAACUUCCGAUCCCAUACUGUGCUCAAGAAUGUGUUUGAGAAGUAUUCUGAAGAGACCUACUAUGAAGUUGCCAAAAUCCCUCCUUUGAGCAUGAAAGAUCUAGAGGAUCUUUUGAAUUGUGCAUUAUUCAGCUGAGGACCUCUGACAGCAGCUGUCAGUGCUGGACAGAUGUACACAUAGUAUGCAUUUUUUCAUUUAUCUUAUGCAUGAAAUUUCCCUUUCAUUAACUUUUCAUUUAUAUUUUUCCUCUCUUUACUUUCCUAAACUGAUAGUUGUGGAAACUUAAAAAAAUUUAAAUUACUUUUAUGAAAGAAAAGAAAUUGUUUUGUUGUGUUUGUUUAAAAAAUUAAUAAAAUACAGUUGUUACUAGAA